GAUGCCUGGAUCCCAGGGCUAGUGAACUGUGGAUAGGAAACCUUUUGUCACUGACACAGCCGUGCUGAAAAUGGAAGGAAGGAUGUCAGACAUAUGUGGCCAGCCUGGGAUGAAGUUACAGCACAAGCUCAUUGUCCUAAGGAAACGGAUCUCUGCUGUGGAUUUUGAGGUGGGAGCUGGGCAAAUGACUGCUUGACAUCAUCAGGCUGAGCAUUGCAUUACAGCAAAUGGGGACUUGCUUGGCAAGCUUUGUGGGAAACUCCCACUAAAGCCUCGAAGUGCAUUUCAUUUAGGAGAUAGAGAGGGAACAAGCUCUCUAACAGCACCAGCUACGGCAGCCAAUCCAUCCCUUCUCUUUUGCUGACAGCCAGGCUGGCGACCAGGAUUCCUUGGUUUACAUGCCUAGUUCUCAACUGGAAAUUCCCAGGGCUCAGAGGGCUUCAUUCUACUGUCUAUAGUGGUUAGUCAAGAACUGAAAAUCUGAAGACAUGAUGGGAAGAGAAGAGAACUAAACCAGCCCUGCUCAGCAAUGCAAGAGGCAUCAUGGAGGUUGAGUCCUCAUACACAGACUUCAUCUCCUGUGAUAGAACGGGCCGUAGGAACGCCGUCCCCGACAUCCAGGAUGACUCGGCAGCAGUGAGCGUGAGGAAGCUGACGGGGAACUUGGGGGAGCUGGCCUUAGAAGGCGAAGAAGGGCAAGCAGAGAUAAGCACAGCAGACAAGGAAGCUGGAAGCAGGCCUGAGGGGAAUGAGGGGACCACCACAUCCUGAGAGCUGCCCCUGUCCCAUUCCCUUUGUCCAGUGGCUGAAGAAGCAACCCGCCUGUGCAGCGUUCUCCCUGAGGACCGCUUCUCUCCCCCUACAGUAACCCUUUGGGGCACAAUGACACUGUGUGGGCCUCCCCAGACUUUCCUUUUCCUCUAGUCCACCCCCCCCAUACACACAGACAGCCUAUGCUCAGAGCAGGUUUGCCCUGUAAUGGGGACCUCAGACUGAGGCUGGCCUCCAGAGGUGCCUUAAGAUCCCUAGCCCAGCCUAGGGAAAGAAACCCUGUGGUCCAGCCUCCCAUGGGCCUCCCCUUCUUCCAGGCCCAUGGAGUCUACGGUAUCUGGCAAUUCAACAUGUUAUUUAUUUGGUUUGCUCCUGUGUGGGGGGAAUGGGGAGGUACCACCUGCUCCUUUCCUCUGGAGGACAGAUAGAAGUCAGGCCCCCUCCCAGAUCCUCUGGGGGAAAACAUCAGCAGUGGCCUCCACCCUCACACUGACCUGCUCAAUCCACUUCAUUCAAUUUCCUGAGUGCCUACUCUCUGCAGGGCUCUGAAGAAAGCAUAAAAUGACUAACACCUGGUUGCCAGCCUUAGGUAGCACCCAAUCCUCAGGGCUGCUGAUUGCUUCUUCUCUUACCCUAAGGACCAAAGGAGAGAUCCUUCCCAACCCAUCUGGAUCAGUUCCUUUUUACUCUUUUUAAACUUUGACUUUAAAUAUUAUCCACCUUUUUUUCCGGGGGGGGGGGGGGGAGGAGACAGUGGAGACCUGCCUUUUAUUUCCAUGGGGAGGGGGUGAUGAGGAAGUAUAGAGGGGAAUGUUUUCAAUCUAGGCUCUUUGUAGUUCAGAAUGAUUCCUGAACUUUCCCAAACCCAUUCUUAAGGGAAUCCUUUUGUUUCCCCGUUUGACUGAGUUGUGUUUCCUUUCUACAAAGACACUUGAUGCCUACCACUUGGAAAAUAAAUUCAGACCUUUUGUGUGA